AUGGAGGAUGCAAGGGAUGGAGAUUUGAGGGUACCUUUAAUCUCCUCCCUCUUUUUCAUUUUUGUACUCGCCGGCGGUAUCUUCCUUACUUUCUACGUUUUUGCACCCAACUUUUCCCGACCAUGGUUUCCAGUGAUCGCAUUAAUUCUGAUUGGAUCACCAUGGGUCUUUUGGUUGUUCACUUAUUUGUACACGUGCUUCAAGGGUUGUUGUCGAAGAGGAUUGUCUACCUCUUACGAUCACCAUGGCUCAAGACGGUGGGGUAAUUUGCACCCAACGACCUCUCAUCGUGGUGCUAUCUCGAGCCCAAACCAGGCAGUGAAUAAGGCAAUGGCUAAAGAUGGUUCCAUGAAGGCAUCAUCUGGUGCAAAUAAUGUUGGUGCAAGGCAUGUGCACUUUGGGGAGGUGGUGGUGGUGGAAAGUGAUGGAAGCAAGAUUACCCAUGGGAUGGAUUCUUGGACGAAUUCAAACAAGUCAGCGGAAACAACUCCGGCGGAUGGAUCUAGAUCAUCUUGA